AUGCCCCCCUCCCCGCCCCCCCGGCCGGCUGGGGGAGGGCUCAGCCUGGAGUUUGGCAAACUCCUCCCCGAGUUGAGUCAUUCGUCUCGGGGAGGUUUAGGAAGCGGCUCCGGGUCGGUGGCCCCAGGACAGGGAAGACUGGGCGCUAUGGGGAGCUGGACUCCUGGGUUCCUGUUACCCACUGGGCUGUUCUGCUCCGGCCCUCGGGCCCGGCACCGGCUCCCGCCGCCGCUCCGGCAGCAGCCGCCGCCACCGCCGCCGCUGCUGCUGCAACUGCUGCUGCUGCUGCCGCUGCUGCAGUCUGGAGUCGGGGGCUUCAACUUGGACGGGGAGGCCCCGGCCGUGCUCGCCGGUCCCCCGGGCUCCUUCUUCGGCUUCUCGGUGGAGUUCUACCGGCCGGGGGCCGAAGGGGUCAGUGUCCUCGUGGGUGCUCCCAAAGCCAACACGAGCCAGCCGGGGGUCCUGCAGGGAGGCGCCGUCUACCUCUGCCCUUGGGGCCCCGAUUCUGUACCAUGUACCCCCAUCGAAUUCGACAGUAAAGGCUCUCGGCCCCUGGAGUCAUCCUUGUCCAGUCCUGAAGGGGAGGAGCCUGUGGAAUAUAAAUCCCUGCAGUGGUUUGGGGCCACAGUCCGAGCCCAUGGUUCCUCCAUCCUGGCCUGUGCCCCCUUGUACAGAUGGAGAACAGAGAAGGAACCCCUGAGUGACCCAGUGGGCACCUGCUACCUCUCUACUGACAACUUCACCCAGUUCCUGGAGUACUCACCUUGCCGAUCAGACUUUAGCUCCGCCACUGGGCAGGGUUACUGCCAAGGGGGUUUCAGUGCAGAAUUUACCAAGACAGGACGUGUGCUGCUUGGAGGACCUGGGAGCUACUACUGGCAAGGGCAGAUCCUGUCGGCGACCCAGGAGCAAAUUGCAGAGUCCUAUUACCCAGAGUAUCUCAUCACUGAAGUUCGGGGGCAGCUGCAGACCCGACAGGCCAGCUCUACCUACGAUGAUAGCUAUCUGGGAUAUGCAGUGGCGGUGGGAGAAUUCAAUGGAGAUGCCACAGAGGACUUUGUGGCUGGAGUACCCAAAGGGAACCUCACCUAUGGCUAUGUUACGAUCCUUGAUGGUUCAGAUGUCCAGUCCCUCUACAAUUUCUCAGGGGAACAGAUGGCCUCCUAUUUUGGCUAUGCUGUUGCUGCCACAGACAUCAAUGGGGAUGGGCUGGAUGACCUCUUAGUGGGAGCCCCACUGCUCAUGGAGAGGACAGCUGAUGGCCAAGCUCAGGAAGUGGGCAGAGUCUAUGUCUACCUCCAGCGUCCAUCGGGCAUGGAGUCCACCCCAGACCUCACCCUCACAGGACUGGAUGAAUUUGGGCGGUUUGGCAGUUCCCUCUCCCCGCUGGGAGACUUGGACCAGGAUGGCUACAAUGAUGUGGCUGUCGGAGCCCCAUUCGGGGGGCAGACCCAGCAGGGAGUGGUGUUCGUAUACCCAGGGGGCCCCACGGGACUGGGCCCGAAGCCCUCCCAGGUGCUGCUGCCCCUCUGGCAGCCCGGCCAUUCCCCCGAUUUCUUCGGCUUCGCUCUCCGGGGGGCUCGAGACCUGGAUAACAACGGAUAUCCAGACCUGAUUGUGGGGGCGUUUGGUGUGGACAAGGCUGUUGUUUACAGGGGCCGCCCCAUUAUCUCAGCCAGUGCCUCCCUCACCAUCUUCCCCGCCAUGUUCAACCCUGAGGAACGAAGCUGCAGCUUGGAGGGAAACCCCAUGUCCUGCAUCAACCUGAGUUUCUGUCUCAACGCCUCUGGAAAGCAUGUCCCAGACUCCAUCGGUUUCACGGUGGAGCUACAGCUGGAUUGGCAGAAGCAGAAAGGGGGCAUUCGUCGGGCACUGUUCUUGGCCUCUCAGCAGGCAUCCUACACUCAGACCCUGCUCAUCCAAAACGGAGCCCAUGAGGACUGCCGAGAAAUGAAGAUCUACCUUCGGAAUGAGUCCGAAUUUCGAGACAAACUCUCUCCGAUCCACAUCGCCCUCAACUUUUCGCUGGACUCCAAAGCACCUCCAGACGCCCACGGCCUCCGACCGGUUCUGCACUACCAGAGCCGGAACCGAAUCGAGGACAAGGCUCAGAUCCUUCUGGACUGUGGAGAAGACAACAUCUGCGUGCCCGACCUGCAACUCGAAGUCUUUGGGGAGCAGACCCAGGUGUACCUGGGCGACAAGAACGCCCUGAACCUGAUCUUCCAUGCCCAGAACAUGGGAGAGGGAGGGGCCUACGAGGCGGAGCUUCGGGUCACGGCCCCCCCGGAGGCUGAAUACUCAGGCCUGGUCCGACACCCCAAGAAUUUCUCCAGCCUCAGUUGUGACUACUUUGCUGUGAACCAGAGCCGUCAGCUUGUCUGUGACCUGGGGAACCCCAUGAAGGCCGGAGCCAGCCUGUGGGGGGGCCUCCGAUUCACUGUCCCCCAUCUCCGGGACAACAAGAAAAACAUCCAGUUUGAUUUCCAGAUUCACAGUAAGAAUCUCAAUAACUCGCAGAGUGAAGUGGUUUCCUUCCUCCUCUCGGUGGAGGCUCAGGCCCAGGUCUCGCUGAACUGGGUGUCCAAGCCAGAGACGGUGCUGUUCCCAUGGAGUGGCUGGCAGCCCCGAGAUCCACCCCAAGAAGAGAUGGAUGUUGGCCCUGAGGUCCACCACGUCUAUGAGAUUAUCAACCAGGGGCCCAGCUCCAUCAGCAGAGGGAUACUGGAGGUCAGCUGCCCACUGGCCUUGGAUGGGCAGCAGCUUCUCUACGUCACAAAUAUCUCAGGGCUUAGCAACUGCACAUCUAGUCAUCCUCCCAACCCCCAGGAUCUUAAGCUGGAUCCUGAGGAGCCCCAACACCGGCUGCAGAGGCGAGAGGCCUUAGGCCGAGGACCAGCUCCUGGCCCUCGAGUCCUGAAAUGUCCUGAAGCCGAGUGUUUCCAGUUGCGCUGUGAGCUGGGACAGUUACACCGGCAGGAAAGCCAAAGUCUACAGCUGCACUUCCGAGUAUGGGCCAAGACCUUCCUGCAGUGGGAGCAUCAGCCAGCCAGCCUGCAAUGCAAGGCGGUAUAUGAGACACUGAAGAUGCCAUAUCGGAUCCCUCCUCAGCAGCUGCCCCGGAAGGAGCUUCAGGUGGCAACUGCAGUACAGUGGACCAAGGCAGAAGGCAACCAGGGGGUUCCUCUCUGGAUCAUCAUCCUUGCCAUACUUCUUGGCCUCCUGCUCCUCGGCCUCCUGAUCUAUGUCCUCUACAAGCUUGGAUUCUUCAAACGUUCCCUCCCAUAUGGCACCGCCAUGGAGAAGGCUCAGCUCAAGCCCCCAGCCACCUCGGAUGCCUAAGACCUCCCUGCCCUGGACUCCUUUUCCCAAAGGCCCUGCCCCUCCUCAGCUGACUGGGGCAGGGGAGGAAGCGGGUGCUCCCUAAAGGUGCUUUAGGGUCAGGGAGGGGGGAAAUGGGUCUUUCCCCCCGCCCCGGCUCAGAGACAUACUUGAAGAGUCAGAGCUGGGGGUGGGAGAGCAAGGGACCCUCUCCUCAAUGCACUGUGAAGGACCCAGAUUAUGGGGAUGUAGGACCCUGCCGCCCCAGACCCUUGGAGACUUGGCACAGAAAGUUCUUUGGAAAUGGCUUCGGAACUUGAGCUGGGAGUGUCAGAUUCCCUGGGGACACCCUGGGAUGUCAGCUUCAAGUCUCCUAACAGGGAGGGGAGUUCUGGCGUUGCCUUGUGAGAAACCUAACGGCCAGAGAACAUUUCUGGAAAUCUAGAACUCUUCGGAGCAGGACUAUGGGCCCUCUGUAGCGGGCCCCAGCCCAGGGCAAAGAAGGGACCCAGACCCAGGAGGGUGACCCAGGGUCUGGCUCAAGACUGAUUUCAAAACGGGAUGGCCCACUGUUCUUGGACUCAGCGCCCAGCUCAAAAUGGAGCCAGAAUCCGGAUGAAGACAGAGCUCCGAAAUGGUCUGGCAAUGACUUGGAACCCCAGGCUUGAGAGAACUUAUCUGAGGGGUCCAGCCAUGCUAGGGCUAACCCAGGACUCCAGGUUACUCGGAUGCAGCACCUCACCUGGAGGCAAGUCCAGGACCUGACUCAGGGGAAGUUGGAAUGCCAGGAAGUCCAGGGCCCCGAUGGGAAAUACCAUAGAGGCCGGCAGGCUGCCACUCCAGAACUUCAAUUUGGCCUCGCUCCCAGGUCCUCGGAGCAAGGGGGCCAGCCUGCCUGCCCUGGGCCAGGCAGUAGAGUUCUCCACUCGAGUGUGUUCUUACAACUGUAUUGAUGCUGCCGCCUCCCCUUCCCUGCCCCUCUUCCUGGCCCUGGGGACAUCCUGGGACUUAUUUAAACUCUGUUGCAAGUGCAAUAAACUUGGCUAGGGGCCACCACUGA